UCAGAUUUAUUUUACACACACAUUUAGAAAAGUAACACAUUUAUUUGAAUGUUUAUAGUAUUUUAUGCUACUAAGCAUACAGCAAGUUUGCAAAAUCAGAAUGGUAUACUGUUAACAACAACCAAUCAGUGACCACCACUUUUCUGUACAACCAAUCAGUGACCACCACCUUUCUGUACAACCAAUCAGUAAACACCACUUUUCUGUACAACCAAUCACUAACCACCACCUUUCUGUACAACCAAUCACUCACCACCACCUUUCUGUACAACCAAUCACUUACCACCACCUUUCUGUACAACCAAUCAGUGACCACCACCUUUCUGUACAACCAAUCAGUGACCACCACCUUUCUGUACAACCAAUCACUCACCACCACCUUUCUGUACAACCAAUCAGUGACCACCACCUUUCUGUACAACCAAUCACUUGCCACCACCUUUCUGUACAACCAAUCAGUGACCACCACCUUUUGUACUACCAAUCAGUGACCACCACCUUUCUGUACAACCAAUCCCUCACCACCACUUUUCUGUACAACCAAUCACUCAUAGAACUGAUAGAAUUAUCUUAGUAUAUAAAAAAUUGCAUGUAAGUAUCAUAAGUGUCUUUAGAAAAACCUAUUUUUUCCUUCUUGAAGUUUAUAAAUAUGAAAACCUUUUUCCCUAACCCUUUUCAGCAUGCGUUCGUUACUUUCCCCUGAAACCAGUUUGCACCUAACCCUUGUCCCAGGAGAGCCGCGCUGCAGUCCCUCUGCUGGUGUGGUUCCGAAGCGCACGGCUGCGUGGUUAUGAAGCGUCACUCAGUUGGGAGGAGAACCUGAACACGGGGUUACGCGCAGCCCCAGUGUGGAGAAGCGCGCAGCACUCGAGCCACCGAAACCAGCGACAAACCCGGAGCGUGCGUCUGGAGAAGAACUGCGGAACUCUACCUCACAUGACUCAGCAGGUGGAUGAGUGGAGUCUUGCGAAUCCUGGACCUGAAAGAAGACUCCGGAAUGGAUUCCCGAAAGCUGAAAGUGAGACCCGAGUGAAAGCGCGGGUGUGUGAAAGAGAAAAACAUGGACGGAAGGGUGGAUGGAUGGAUGCGCGUCUCUCUGUCAGCUAUGGAAAAUGAAAGUGUGCUGCGCUUUAAAAUGAGACUCGUGUAAAACUUUUCUUUAUGGAGUUUCAACAUGCCAUUGUCUAAUCGGAACCAGAGUCAUGACGCGCUCAACGUGUCGCUCUCCGAGAUAUCCAACAGCAGCGCGAACGCGACGUGCGCCGGAACCGUGCUGGACGCGCAGGUCGUGGCGGUGGGAAUCUUCCUGGCCGUCUUCAUCCUGGCCGCAAUCGUCGGGAACAUUUUGGUAAUUCUUUCGGUUUUGUGCAACAAGCAUCUGCAGACAGUCACCAACUUCUUCAUAGUGAAUUUAGCCAUCGCGGAUUUACUCCUGAGCGUCGUGGUGCUGCCCUUCUCCGCGUCGCUGGAGGUGUUUGGAUGCUGGAUGUUUGGACGCGUCUUCUGCAACAUCUGGGCUGCCGUGGACGUCUUGUGCUGCACCGCGUCCAUCCUGAGCUUGUGCAUCAUCUCCAUAGACCGGUACAUCGGCGUCAAAUACUGCCUCAAAUACCCCACGAUAAUGACCGAGCGCAAAGCCGGGGUCAUCCUGGUCCUGCUCUGGGUCUCCUCGGUGGUCAUCUCAGUAGGACCGCUUUUAGGCUGGAAGGAACCUCCGCCGUCUGACGAGAGCAUCUGCAGCAUCACAGAGGAACCCGGCUACGCGUUGUUCUCCUCGCUGUUCUCUUUCUACCUCCCGCUCAUGGUCAUCCUCGUCAUGUACUUUCGGGUCUACGUGGUGGCUCGGAGGACGACUAAGAGCCUGGAAGCAGGAGUGAAGCGAGAAAGGAACAAGUCCAUGGAGGUGGUGCUGCGGAUCCACUGCCGGAGCUCACCGGAAGACGCCGGCGCGGGUUCCAAGAGCAAGAACAAUCCGCUGCGCAGCUCGCUCUCGGUGCGCCUCAUGAAGUUCUCCAGGGAGAAGAAAGCGGCGAAAACUCUGGCUAUCGUGGUCGGGAUGUUCAUUGUGUGUUGGCUGCCGUUUUUCUUCGUCUUGCCUCUAGGAUCUUUCUUCCCUGCUCUGAAACCUUCAGACAUGGUGUUUAAGAUCAUCUUCUGGCUGGGUUACUUCAACAGCUGCAUUAACCCGGUCAUCUACCCCUGCUCUAGUAAAGAAUUCCAACGAGCCUUUACCCGCCUACUUCGCUGCCAGUGCCAUCGGCGCCCCCGCCGCUUACGCCGCUUCUAUGACCAGCGCUGGCGUACGGCCCUCAGGGGCCCGGCUACAGACUCUCGGGGUGACUAUCAACCCGGUUUCUCCCUCCACGAGUCCUGCAGCAGCUCCAUUUUCUCCUGUCGGAGCAAAAGCCGUUCCCUGAACCUGAAAAGCUGGAAUCUGUUCCCUCCCUUGCAGAAGUCCUCCUUCCGACUGAAGGAGAAGAUGAACAACUUGUCGAACAAGAUCAAGAGUGGUGCGGGGAAGAGUUCAAUGCCCUCUCUGGACAGGACCGAGAUCGAUACGGUGGCCAUGGGGAUCUACAGCGAUUGCAGUGAGCCAAGUGGCUAUCAGAUAUACGAUCUGACAGAAUGUUACGGCUUGAAGGAAACAGAUAUCUAAGUUGAGAUGUUGCUCAGACACAAAAUGGGCAACUUGACAAAAGCACACUUUCAAAAACUAUUCAAGAUCACAGAAAUGUUUUUGUUUACUUUUUUGUCUAAGACAAGACAGACAUUUCUUUCCCAGGGGUAUUUUAAAACAUUUGACUUUGAACACUGAAGGUGCAUAUGUUUCUUAUUUGUCCCUGUAAAGUAAAACGACUGCUUUACUCCAGACACUGCCAUCACUUGGCGUAUAACCAGACUCGUGCACUCUGUAAAUCUAUUUUAGAGGCGUUUUAGUGUAAUCAUUUAAAGUCACCCAAAAAUUUGUCUAGAAUUAUUAUUUUUAAAGACAGAAAAUGAUGCUUUUAGGUUUUAUUACUGUUGUUUCAAAGACAGAACUUUCACUCUCAUCCAAAAAAUAAAGAAAAUUCAAUAUACCCUUCAAAUCCAAAUCACUAAAUGAUUUUUGUCUAAACCACAAUAUCCUAAAGUUUUAGCAAUUUUUAUAGCAGCUCUAAACAGCAGUUCACUAAAUUCAGUUUUCUCUCUUAAAGUUAAUAAAUCAAUAACAGGGAUUGGUACCAAUAAACCACAAAAAAUCUGUUGCAACGCAAUUACACUGGAGACGUCUUUACAAUUCACAACAAUGCUCUCUGAGAACGGCAGUUUUUUCACUACUGUAAAAUUGUUUCCUUUUUUUGUUUGGUUUCUGGAGGAAAAAUCUAACGAAUUGAUGAAGGCUCAUUGCUUUGAAUAAAUUCAACGAUGUACAUCUUCGCCACUGUAGGAGGCUCAGAUGAGAGCAAUUAGUAGAUUAAGUGUAAAUAUUCUAUGUUUCAGAUUUAUAAUGGGAUGUUUUGAUUAUGUGUGAAAGAUUUUUUUUUCUAUGUAUCUGAAGAAACCCACGUACACUAUAAGGACAAAAGCACUGGGACACUUGACUUUACCAACUGUUUGUAGUUAUUCAGCAAACUGUUAUCACAAAGUUGUAAGUAAACAAUUGUAUAAGAUCAUGAUCAGGUCUGUGAAGAUGGGUUGGAAUGAAUGAUCUCCUGCUAUAGAGGUUGUUUUGGGAUGAAUUGGAAUGCUGAUUGCACUCCACUUCAGUACCUACUGGCAUUACUAACAGCCUUGUAGCUAAAUGUAUCUCCACAAAUCGAGCAUAACAUCUUCCCAGAAGAGUGGAGUUAGUAAAUUUGGAAUGAGAUGUUUAAAAAGCACAUAGCAAUCUUAUUGCUAUGUUCACCGACAUUUGUCCAUGUAGUGUACGUUUAUCCAUACAAAAUCUAACGCUGUGCAUAGGAACCGCGUGGAACCACUAAAACCAUGAUUAUUAGCAAACAAAUUGUACCUGAUAUUUUCAGCACCAGAAGUUCCAAAAAUAUUGCACUGCAGUGGCACGUUUGAGCUGGAAACAAAACUCUUUUCAAGUUUCGGGUGACUUUCAAAAAAAUACUUUCAAAAAUAGCUUAAUCAUAGUAACAAAAGACCUCCAUACAGUGAGCUACCUACAGUUCAACCGUGAAGUCUGAGGAAACACGAAAGUCCACGGUACAGUGUGUUAUUUAUUAUAACUUGCCGAGAGGUACUGUUGUGUUUACUUGUAAAAGGCAUAUCGUUUAACCUGGAACAGGUCGUUUUUAUUUAAAUGGAACACAACACACUACUUCUAGACGCCUCCAUGUUCAUACGUUUUUUUCAAAAUGGGAGUUCUUCGUGCAACCAAAAAAAAAAAAACGACUACAAAAAAAAAUAUUCAUUUGAAUUCAUUUGUAUUUGCAGAUGUGUUGUCCAUCCAUAACUGAUGUAACACACACAUACACAUAAAAAACAAAUAGAAAUAAAAAAUUUGAGCAUUU